CCUCCAGGUCUUUGAGCCAGUCACGUGACUGAAAGCCAUAAAUAUAUACUGGAUACUGCAGGAAUCGUAUGAGUAGUGUGAUUAUAUGAAAUUUCAAACACAGCAACUUUCAAUGAAGUGCUUGAAUCUCCGCACUCCACAAGAACAACAAACGUGUAAUGACUUGAAAACCAAUUGUUUUAACUGAAGUUUAAUAUUAAAUAUAAUAAAAAUGUCACUGACCAGUGCACUGAUUACUGAGCUAGGGAGCUGAUUGAGACACACCCUGAAAUUUAGUUUAAUGUAUAUUUCUUUUUGUUAAUUAUUCUCAUCUCAAACAGAACAAAGCCCCUGCUGAAGCAAUAAAGAUCCAUGUGACACGGAAUUAUAAAGAUGGCAUUUAUUAAAGAGGAGAGUGAAGACAUGAAGAUAGAAGCAUUCAGAGUCAAACAAGAAGAUUUUGAGGAACAAACAGACCUGAUGGCGGUGAAAGAGGACAGUCAAGAUCCCAAUGAAACAGAUGAGAAAGAUUUGCAUGAAAAACAAGAUUUCUUUACUGGAGAAAUUUCUUUUUGUUGUUCAAAGACUGAAAAGACGUCCUCUCAAAAAAGUGCUCAGAAGACUGGAACUCUGAGUCAUUUAACUUGCCAACAGUGUGGAAAGAGUGUAAAAUCAAGAGAAAACCUUAACAUUCAUUUGAGAACUCACACUGGAGAGAAGCCUUUUAUCUGCCACCAGUGUGGAAAGAGCUUCCCACGAAAAGAUAAUCUUAGGAUUCACAUGAGAACUCACACUGGAGAGAGGCCUUUCUCCUGCCAGCAGUGUGGAAAGAGCUUUCCACGAAAAGAUAAUCUUAAGAUUCACAUGAGAAUUCACACUGGAGAGAAGCCAUUUGUAUGUGGUCAAUGCGGAAAGUGUUUCCCACAUAAAGCAACUUUUUAUACUCACAGGAGAAUUCACACUGGAGAGAAGCCUUACACCUGCCAACUGUGUGGCAAAACUGUGAAUCGAAAAGGAAAUCUUACGGCUCACAUGAGAGUUCACACUGGAGAGAAGCCUUUUGCAUGUGAUCAGUGUGGAAAGAGUUUCGUACGUAGGGAAGGCCUUAGUAAGCACAUGGAGAUUCACUCAAGUGAGAGCUGUUUUAUUUGCCCUCAGUGUGGAAGUGUAUUCACAGACAAGAAACUCUUUGAGAGCCAUUUAAUAACUCACAUGGGACAGGAGCCUUUUAUGUGUCAUCACUGUGGAAAGACUUUCACGAAAAAAGCAAAUCUCAAGACGCACAUGAAAAUUCACACUGGAGAGAAGCCUUUCACAUGUGAACAGUGUGGAAAGAGUUUCAGACAGAAAACAACCCUUUAUACCCACAUGAGAGUUCACACCACAGAGAGACCUAUUCGAGUAUGUUUAGUCUAAGUUUACAGUAAUUCCACAAACAGCACUGCACAGGCCUCCUCUGACUCUCAUUGAGUCGUGUAGCAGUGGCAUGCUGUCCGUGGCCUGCGUCACACUCAUCUGAUUCACACAAGGCUGUGUGACGAGCUCUAAUAUUCUGAGUCGCACACAAAUGUUACUGAAAACUAAUGCGUACGACUGAAUGUUUUUUUAGGUGCACCAGUGCGACUGACCAGAGCAUAUUUGUGUUAGCGCUGAGGCGUGCUUUAUAGGUUUCUAAGUGUAUUUGCAGUGUUGAGAAAUGUAUCACAGACAUAAACAAAGAAGACAUAAUGUAAAUAAGAGAUUCAUCGUGCAGUUUAAAGAGCUUGAUGGACUAUAAUGGAACUUUGUGAGAUCGCGAUGAACUAAGGAGUGACAGAUUUAAUGAUUAUAAAGGGAGUUUGUAAAUGUGAUAUUGAUUUAAUAGGCUACGACAGUUCAAUAAACAAUAAGUUACUGACUGUUGUCUGUUUUUGCUUUUUCGUCAACGAAAAUAUUUUGAAACAGUCAAGUCAUCUUUAUUUAUAUAGUGCUUUAAACAAAAAAGAUUGUGCAAAGCAACUGAACAACAUUAAUUAGGAAAACAGUGUGUCAAUAAUGCAAAAUGACAGUUAAGGGCAGUUCAUCAUUGAAUUCAGAGAUGUCAUCAUCUCAGUUAAGUUGAGGACGAGGACGUCUUUGUGCUGUCUAAGAGGUUAAAUAGUAUCUGUGUGUAACCCUUCUCUCCCGGGUCCUCACCGCAACACCUCACAAUCGCUCUUGGGCCUUGAACCCAGGUAUCCAGCAUGCGAGGCGGACGCACUAACAUGGAGUCUAAAUGGCUGAGCGUCUGUCACUAGUGCGUCUCUUGAGAUCUGGGGGUGAGGUUUACCAGCACAGUACCUACUCGCUGGCAUCCGUUACUCUCACACCCCAAAUCUAAACCUCACUCCCAUCUGGGUCACGGCACCAAAUGAGACAGAUCUUGUCACUUUUGUAACUGGAUCUGGUCUCUCUCCCAUAUUCUGCUUUGUGAUUUGACCAAUUCAUUCACACAUCCUUCGUGCACUCAGAAGAACAGGAGUCAAUGGGCUCAAUUUCCCAAUAAAUGCAAGAACACAUAAUUUUGUUGAUCUGUAUUUACUGAAAAGUGAAAUAAAAUAUCCUCUCAGUGGUGUUUCGCUGCAGAC